UAAACAAUCUUCUUGUCAAAUUUUUUUAACUAUCUUUUGAAUGUUUUGAUUAAAAUAUUUACAUUCUGAGCUACUUUAGUUUUCAAGCUUCCUGGGCAUAAUUUAGUAUGGAUGACUCAAACAGUUGGCUCCUAAAUUGAUCUGCAUUUUGCUCUUCUCUUUGAUGAACUACUUGAUUUGUUUCAUCUUUAGGUGUUCUCCAGAAAGGAGAAGUUGGCUAAGGCAAUGGAAGAUAAAAAGAGGAAGAAGAAGAGAUCUCAUGUGCUAAUUAGAAGAAGCAGAGAUGAACUCCAUCUCUCAAAUUACAAAGAUAAUGUGGACGGAGGAAAAAAUGAGAACAAAUCUACAAAGAGGAAGAAGAGGAAAAAUGUCAGACUUGAUGAAACUGAAAGUUUGGAAAUUGAUCAUUCUAAUGAAAGAGAGGAUGCACAUGGUCAAGAAAAUAAUGUAUCUGCUGAGAAAAGGAAAUCCAGAAAGAAGAAGAGAAAAAGUGAGAAGAAAGGACAGAGAGAUGAGGGUGUUGAUCAUUAUGUUGAGGCUAAUGACGAUUCUGAUCAGAAAAGCGAGAAGGAGCAUUCACUUUCAAUAACUCGGGAUAACUUGGUGGAGAAGAGAGGACAAGCAGGAGAUGAAGAGAUUGAUGAACUAUCUUUUGGCAAUGAUGACUGCUCAAAAGGAAUGAGAACGUGGGUACUUGCUUAUUACCAGAGUAGGCCUGGAUUGAAGGUGUUGCAAGAAAGCAUUGAUGAGUUUAUUACUUCUUAUGAGGCGAAAAAGGAACAGGAAAGGAAUGAAAAAGAAGCCCUUGCUGCAGAAGAUGGCUGGACUGUUGUCGUACAUCACAAAGGAAGGAAAAAGACAACUGAUUCUGAAACUGGAAUUGCAGUUGGUUCUGUUUCCCAAGCUGCAGUCAUGGAUAAUAUGGACAAAAAGAAAAAGAAAGAUGUGGGUUUAGAUUUCUACCGGUUUCAGAAAAGAGAAGCAAAGAGAAAUGAGAUCAUGGUGCUGCAGAGCAAAUUCGAGCAGGACAAGAAACGGAUACAGCAAUUGAGAGCUGCAAGAAAAUUUCGACCUUAUUAAACAAAUACUAUAAUUUUUUUAGAAGGGAGUUUUUAUAAGCUAGAAAAGAUUAGGAGGGAAGGUUUAGGGAGAAAGGGGUUCCAAUGAUAACCACAUUACCUUAACAUGCAAUGUGGUUAUUUUACCUUAACAAAUACUAUAAUUUUUCUAGAAAGGAAUUGUUAUAAGCUAGAAAAGAGAGGGAAGGAACAUCUUCAUUUAUUAGUUUUAAAGCUAUGGUCUACGGUUUUGUUUCCGAGCGCAUCAAUUAUUUUAUCAGGUAACUCCGUGCAUCAAGAUGUAAGCAAAAAUGCUCAUGAAUGUUGUCAUAGAGGCGACUUGGUAUCAAUAUGAUACAGACUCUAGAUGUCGACUAUUCGAAAGUACAUUGUGGAUAAUGUGAUCAUUCCUCGCGAGUUAAUCAAUAAGUAUACUUGGAAAGGGAGAUAUCUCCAAGCUGGAUAUAAAGAAA